AGGAUCAUCAAAAGAACGAAUUGCACAAUUGGAGUUUCAAUUACAUAACGAGAGACUUGAGCGUGGGAAAAAAGAUGAACAAAUUAAGACCCUUUCGAUGCAGAUGGCAGAAACAAAUAACACACUUAAUCAAGUUUUAGCUCAUCUGGCUGCACAAGGACAAACAUUACAAAUAUGUUCAUUAUCUGCAGACAAAAUGUCACAAACACAAGUAAAUUCUUUGGAUAAACAUGACGGAUCAAAGCAUAAGGCUAAUGCUACCGCAUCUAAAAUAGUGCAAAAAGAAAUGGCACCAACGGUAAAAUCUAUGAACAAUAGUACUGGAUCAAAGGACAAUACUAAUGUUACCACAUCUAACAUAUCAAGUAAAGUAGUGCAAACAGAAGUCACUUCUCAUGCUAACACUUCUAAAAUGGUGCAAAAAGAAAUGAUAACGGAAAAUGUGAAAACUAGAAAAAAAGAUGUUUUGUCUACGCAAGAGACUUCACUUCUUGGGACAUCAUCGCAGUUGGAAUCACAAGAAAAUAUACAUAAUACACAUUCAACAAAUGUCCUAGAGAUCAAGUGUACUCUAUAUACUAUAAAUAUGAACAACUGUGUGGCUUAUGGUACAAUUCAUUUGUCAACGGGAAAACAAAGCAUUCAUGCGUAA